UUAUAUUGGACUUUCGAUACGCGAAGGAAUGUGGCACCCACAUAAAGAGCAUGUCAAUCAAUUAUUAAGCAAAAGAUAUGGUUCCUUGCUACGCUCACCAGUUGGCUGCCCAUCCGUCGUUAGCCUUCGGCAAGCUUCCUUCUGUCGGUUGAUGGUUUCGGGAAGCUCGAGAAGCUUUCGUGGCCGGACUGAAGCAAAGAAAGGAACAUUAUGUGUGCGAUCCUUUGCGUGACGAUAAAUUCCUUUUCCACCCUGAAUCGUUUAUAGCGAAAGAAAUUAGACACACCCAACUGUUUUAGCACGUUGCCUGACGGGUGGCUUUAGGGCUGUGUGUUAGUUGCGGUUAAAGGAUAUGCUGUGAUGAUCCGAACGAGUGAACGAUGGCACGAGCAACAAGUCAUUAGGGGUGCGUUACAUAUUUGUUCCAUUAAAGGUGUGGGCGAAUCGAUAUAGUAGUGCGAACCAAUGUGUUUGGCACCACAUGCUCGUCCAGUUUACCCAGUACAGUUCAGUUAUUGUUACACCAUCAACCAGCAAAGCACGUAACUACCAAUAUGGGUAACAAAGUGGUCACUUUUACCGACCAGCAGCUAGAGGACUAUCAGGAUUGUACGUUUUUCACGCGCAAGGAAAUAUUACGGGUGCAUCAACGGUUUUACGAGGCCAGUCCGGAUCUGGUACCGGUGAUUAUGACCGAGGGCCAAGCGUCCACGAUACAGGUACCGCGGGAACGUAUCGAACGGUUGCCAGAAUUGGUUGAAAACCCAUUCAAGGGACGUAUGUGUGAAGCGUUUUCGCGCGAUGGCGAUGGUAAUCUAACGUUCGAGGACUUUCUCGAUCUGCUGUCCGUGUUUAGCGAACAGGCUCCACGCGACAUUAAAGUGUUCUACGCGUUCAAGAUUUAUGAUUACGAUCGUGACGGAUUUAUAGGCCAGUCGGAUUUGUUGAACGUAAUUACGGCUCUCACGCGCAACGAACUAUCCCUGGAGGAACAUCAACAGAUUGCGGAGAAAGUAAUCGAAGAAGCGGAUGUCGAUGGGGAUGGCAAGUUGUCGUAUUUGGAGUUCGAACACGUGAUAACGAGAGCUCCUGAUUUUAUAUCUACGUUUCAUAUUCGCAUUUAGAGAAUUGUAGCUAUUGAUUAUGGGCGGGCUGAUGAUGUCUCAUCCCGAACGUAAUUCUGUUCCCAGGACUGAUUAUCCAGCUACGGGUAAAAGAAGUCAACGAAAGCAAGAAAUGGCAGGCCAAGAUUUCUUCCGCUUAAAGUAAUACUACCCAAAACAAUUUGUUUUGUUAUGUCUAAAGUUUUAUGGUUGAGUUAGCUGAUAUUGCUUCGAAUUAUACUUACUUAACCAUAGGUAUUAAUUGAAAAAUGAUUUAUUUAUUACUAGUCAUUACUUUUUAAAAUUAAUUGGACAACGGUCUCUAUAAUCUUAACUUUUAUCAUAGACAACAUUGAUACAAAUAUUAACUUAAGUUGUAGAAAAUCUUUAAAGAUAAUACCAUAACUUUAUAAGCUAUAAGAAGAAUUAUCUUAAGCUUGUAGAAUAAAUAGGCACUAUUAUAUCCAUUUUUUUUUUUUAAAUUGAUGCUAAU